UUCAUCUUACCCUUCCUGGUCAGCCAUAACAACAGGAAUGGCGGCUGCAGCACGGUUUCUCACCCGAGGUGCAAACUCGAAACUGUCCUUCGCCGGUGUCGGCACCGGGGCCCACAGCUCUGUAGGAGCCGCCCUGCUGAAGGUGUCGCCGAGCUGCGGCUCUCGCACAAAAACACCGCGGAGACAUGCGGCGCACUUUACCUUCCAGCCUGACCCCGUCCCGACUCAGUAUGGUCCCACACAGAAGAUGAACUUGUUCCAGUCAGUUACAAGUGCCUUGGACAACACUCUCGCCAGUGAUCCUACAGCAGUCAUCUUUGGAGAAGAUGUUGCCUUUGGUGGAGUGUUCAGAUGCACAGUGGGUCUGAGAGACAAAUAUGGUAAGGACAGAGUCUUUAACACCCCCCUUUGUGAGCAGGGGAUUGUAGGAUUUGGUAUUGGUGCAGCUGUAGCUGGGGCCACAGCCAUCGCUGAGAUCCAGUUCGCUGACUACAUCUUUCCCGCUUUUGACCAGAUAGUCAACGAAGCGGCCAAGUACCGCUACCGUUCCGGCAACUUGUUUAACUGCGGCAACCUCACCAUUCGUGCUCCGUGGGGGUGUGUCGGCCACGGAUCACUUUACCACUCCCAGAGCCCAGAGGCCUUCUUCGCCCACUGCCCUGGUAUCAAGAUUGUAAUACCUCGUGGCCCAGUGCAGGCCAAGGGGCUGCUCCUCUCCUGCAUCGCUGACAAGAAUCCCUGCAUAUUCUUUGAGCCCAAGAUCCUGUACAGAGCAGCAGUGGAGCAGGUUCCCGUGGAGCCGUACACCAUCCCGCUGUCGCAGGCCGAGAUCCUACAGGAAGGAAGUGAUGUCACUCUGGUUGCCUGGGGGACACAGAUCCAUGUGAUGAGGGAGGUGGCUAACAUGGCUCAAGAGAAGCUGGGAGUGUCGUGCGAGGUCAUCGAUCUACAGACCAUCCUGCCAUGGGAUAUUGAAACUGUUUGCAAGUCGGUGGUGAAAACUGGACGUCUGCUCAUCAGUCACGAGGCUCCAGUAACCGGAGGCUUUGCUGCAGAAAUCAGCUCCACAGUACAGGAGGAAUGCUUCCUUAACCUGGAGGCUCCCAUCAGUAGGGUCUGUGGUUACGACACACCUUUCCCCCACAUCUUUGAACCCUUCUACAUCCCAGACAAGUGGAAGUGCUUUGAUGCAAUCAAGAGGAUGAUCAACUACUGAACCCCUGUCAGAGCCAACUUCUUGGAAGCGCAGAUCUCUACGCUUUCCCCCCUCUUACCCUUCAUUCUUCCAAUCAGUGGAGAGCAGCCAGGAAAAAACACUUUGUUGACCAUCCAAUCAGGAAGCAGUAUACAGAUGGGCUCCAUGUCCCUCAGUGUCAUCCAGCUAAAAGACUGUUACAGUACCUCUGGAUUAGGGAACCUCACUGUGUUGCAAGGGAAAACGACUUGGUCCAGUCUAUAUGAUCAAACGGCCUCAACAUAAUUCACACUAUUUAAUUUCCUCUUAAGUAAAAGUUGGAUGCUGUGGGGAAAACUUUUGUGACUGCCUGCCUUUCUGUGCUGUUGGUUUUGAUUGAGUGUGUCCAACUGUGCUUCAGUCUUUAUUUAGUUUGACAUGAACCUAACCUUAUUGUUCUAAUAUAAUGGAUCUGUGGUUUUUAAGGAAAAUAAAAUGAUCAGAAUUGGUGAAAGCA